CUUUAAUGCAUUUGAGAGUGAAUGUGUGGAAAGCGAGGGGAACMUUGAUGACUCCGUGGUUCAGGAGAUCAAGGCAUACAGUGGAGUCUUCUCAGGGAAGAUGUCGUCUUUGACAAUGAAAACCCGUUGUCUGGACAAAAGAGGAAGUUUCUUUAAGCUCAUUGACACAAUUGCCUCAGAAAUCGGAGAACUGAAACAGGAGAUGGUACAGACAGAUCUCCCAGUGGAAGAUGAAUCUGCUGAUUGGCAAAGUCUAAUAAAGGACAUGGAUAAUGUCUCUCCUGAGAAAAAUGAUGUAAAAAGCUGUCCYCGGGACUCUGGAUAUGACAGCCUAUCCAACAAGCUAAGCAUAUUGGACAAGCUCCUCCAUACUCACCCUGUAUGGCUGCAGCUUGGUCUGAAUGAUGCUGAGGCCAUGAAAAUUUUACAGGCCCAGCCUCCUGGGAUAUUUCUGGUUAGGAAAUCUGCAAAGCUGCAGAAGAAAGUCAUCUCUCUGCGUCUGUCCGGUGACUGUGGGUCCUGCGUGAAAGAAUUUGCCAUAAAAGAAAGUACAUACACGUUUUCCUUGGAGGGGUCUGGAAUAAGUUUUGCUGAUUUGUUCAGACUCAUUGCUUUCUACUGUAUUAGCAGGGAUGUCCUCCCAUUCACACUGAAGUUGCCUCAUGCAAUUACUGCAGCAAAGACAGAGGCUGAGCUUGAAGAGAUUGCUCAGCUUGGACUGAACUUUUGGAGCUCCCUGGCUAACAGCAACCCCCUGGAUCCUUCACCUCCCUGUAGGCCUGUGCCUUUGGACAGUGCUCGCAAAGACUCAUGCCAGCUCUGCCUUAUAAAUGGAGUGCAUUCUAUACGAACCAGAACGCCUUCAGAGCUGGAGUGCAGCCAGACCAACGGAGCGCUGUGUUUCAUUAAUCCCCUCUUCUUGAAAGUGCACAGCCAGGAUGUCAGUGGAAGUCUGAAAAGGCAGAGCCCGAGAAGUCAAGACGUGAAUGGCACAGCGAGGCCUCGCUCCCCCCCGCCCCGGCCGCCACCUCCUGCUAUUAAUAGCACCCUCACGAGCCCACAGCUUUCCAGGACUAUAAAGCAGCCGAGCAUGCCAGAAACAGUCAACCAUAAGAAGGAGAGAGGCUCGGAUUUGCUGCAGAACAAGCCCACCCCGAUUCCGCCUCCUCGGCUGAAGAAGCAGGCUGCAUGCUCCGAGGCGGACGGUGCCUCCAGGAGCGCGGCGGCAAUCCGGCCCGGCUCUGUGCGCCUGCCCGAGGCCGCUGCUGUUCCAGGUGAAACCCUGCCUGAGCCAGCCCCAGCAGUUUCCAAAAAGACGCUGGCUGCCAUCUCUGAGUCACACAUCCCGUGGAAUGGAGGCCGGCAGAGACUGAGCGACAUGAGCAUUUCCACCUCCUCGUCCGACUCGCUGGACUUCGAUCGGAGCAUGCCGCUCUUCGGCUAUGAGGGGGACACCAACAGCAGCCUGGAGGACUUUGAGGGGGAAAGUGACCAAGAGAGCAUGGCACCCCCUUUGAAGCCUAAGAAGAAAAGAACCAGUUCGUUUGUUCUCCCCAAGAUUGUGAAAUCUCAGCUACGGAAAGUCAGCGGAGUUUUCAGUUCCUUCAUGACCCCCGAGAAGAGGAUGAUUAAGAAAAUUGCAGAGAUGUCCCGGGACAAACGCACCUAUUUCGGAUGCUUAGUACAGGACUAUGUAAGCUUUCUGCAAGAAAACAAGGAGUGCCAUGUUUCRAGCACUGAUAUGCUGCAAACAAUUCGUCAGUUCAUGACCCAAGUCAAGAACUAUUUGUCCCAAAGCUCCGAACUUGAUCCCCCAAUCGAAUCACUGAUUCCCGAAGACCAAAUAGAUGUUGUGCUGGAGAAGGCCAUGCAUAAGUGCAUUUUGAAGCCGUUGAAGGGUCAUAUCGAAGCGAUGUUGAAAGAGUUUCAUACYACGGACGGUUCCUGGAAACAACUGAAGGAAAACCUGCAGCUGGUGCGGCAGAGGAAUCCUCAGGAGCUGGGCGUGUUUGUUCCAACACCAGACUUUGUGGACGUUGAAAAGAUUAAAGUCAAGUUCAUGACUAUGCAGAAGAUGUAUUCACCUGAAAAGAAAGUGAUGCUGCUGCUGAGAGUUUGCAAAUUGAUUUACACUGUUAUGGAGAAUAACUCAGGGAGGCUGUAUGGAGCUGAUGACUUCUUGCCUGUGUUGACAUAUGUGCUAGCCCAGUGUGAUAUGCUGGAGCUGGAUACGGAAAUUGAAUACAUGAUGGAGUUGCUGGAUCCAUCCUUGCUGCAUGGAGAAGGAGGCUAUUACUUGACAAGCGCUUAUGGAGCACUUUCACUGAUCAAGAACUUCCAGGAGGAACAAGCUGCCCAACUGCUAAGUUCAGAGGCCAGAGAUACUCUCCGGCAAUGGCACAAGAGGAGGACAACUAACAGGACAAUACCUUCAGUUGAUGAUUUUCAGAACUAUCUUCGUGUUGCAUUCCAGGAAGUUAACAGUGGAUGUACAGGAAAGACUUUGCUGGUAAGGCCGUAUAUCACUACAGAAGAUGUGUGUCAGCUUUGUGCUGAGAAAUUUAAAGUGGAAAAUCCAGAAGAAUAUAGCCUGUUUCUUUUUGUUGAUGACACCUGGCAACAACUGACAGAGGAUACCUACCCUCAGAAAAUCAAGGCAGAGUUGCACAGCCGUCCGCAACCCCAGGUCUUUCACUUUGUCUACAAGCGCAUUAACAGUGACCCGUAUGGUGCCAUCUUUCACAACAACAACGACUCAGCUUCUUAAAACCAGCAACUUGUCAUUUUAAUUUCUGUUCUUUGUUAAUUGUCACAAACAUCUUUGGUGGCUGCCUUCCUUAGGAGCUAAAACAUGUCUUAAACCAUAAAUGCCUAGUAAAACACGUGCUGACAUUUCUAGCAUUGCUUACAAAACCCAGGUACACAUGCACGUGGCCAGUUAUGCAGAAUAUUCCACCAGCAUGUUUGAGGAGACAGCCCAUGAGGCUGCAUUUCUUGUAUCAUGGGCUCUUUUGCAGCGUAUUAUACUGUGGCCCUUCACAGGCCUUUGCUGUAGUGUGCAAAAACUGAUUUUCUUACACUUGUUUUUUCACCAGAUGUCAUUUUGAUUUGAAUCCGUAUACGAGAUAUGUUUUCUGUAAACUGGCUGGUGUAAGCACAGUUUCGCCAGCAGGAGUUUGACAAGACUGUCCGAUGCAGGGCAUCAGUUAACUCAUAAUUACCUGGAUGAUUGCAUCCUUUUCUAAUUUUUUUGAUUACAGAAAAUCAUCAUGUUUAUAUAUAUAUAUAUAUAUAUAAAAUAGAUCUUUUAUAGCAGUUGCAGGUAAACUGUCAGGGUUGGUUUUUGAAAUAUUUUUUUAACUAUAAAGUAUUCUAUAAUUAUGCAUGUGGUUUUUAACAUUUAAUAUACAAGAAUAAAUCUCUUGCUGGUUUUAGAGUAUUGCAUUAAAAGUCUUAUGUGGUUUCUCUUCUUCCCCUGUUCCAGGAGAGUUCUUAUAAAACUUCUGUUAUCUGUAAGAAGGUUGUAACAUCGGGACUGCCGAUUUCAGUGCCUUUAUCUAAACUUGAUGUAUUGUUGUCUGUAUUACUGUUUAUAUGCAUUGUUUUAGACAGAACUAGGGUGCUGGGAAAGAMUAUUGGAAGAAAAAGUUGUGGAGUAGGGGCAGAGAAAGAAUGUCGAGAACUUAAUUUAGGAUUCAAAUGUGUUAUACUGCUGGUUCAGGCUCUUUGCAGGAAGUGAUGGAGGAGAUUGGUUAGGAACUUCCACGUAAGCAGUAGUGUAGGUUUGCAGAGGGGUUUGACAGCACCUCUCCCGUGUACUGUUUGUGUUGGCAGAGGAUUAAAGAUGUCAGUAAUGUGAAGGAGAGCACUAUUUUGUGUAGUUUGUUGUUUGCAUCCAAGGGUGUCUUGGCCUGAAGGACACGCUUCAGCAUUUCAUGGCUGUGUCACUCUGCAGCGAGACAGGAAGGUGAGUCCUGCGUGUGCAGGGAUUGGUUGGUGUUUAACACUCAUGUUCUGUGGGUUUGUCCCAGCCAGAUGAGGGCAUGGGUGACACUCUGCACCCCAGCCAGGGCAGUGAGGGGCAGGGGCUUCUCCCCAGCCUGCUGGCAACAGUGUGAUGCGAGGCAGGUGCUUCCAAAGGGACAUUGUACUUAGGAGAAUGGGCYGCACUGUGUCAGUCUGCUGUAGGUCUGAGACCCCUGCCGUGUGUCUGUAUCUCAUUUUGCAAAGGGUGAGUUUGCACAGAACAAUACAUUGUAAUACUGAAUUGUAAUUUGGGAUGUGUGUUCUGGGUUUUGGGGGGUGCUUUUUUGUUUUGRAUGGCCCACACUGGAAGGUUUCAUGUCUAGGUGGCUCUGAUCUGCUGGGUUUUGUGUUGCUUGUUCAACUACAAACUCUGAGCAAAGGAGGGACAUGGCAUCACUCUCACUGAGUUGGCAUCCUUGGCCUGAGCAGUCGUGGAAGCAGCAGACAGGUUUCUGGCCUGCUGAACCACUUCUUGUGGUGCUAAGGCUGACAUCCAAUGCUAAAGAAAAUUCCUGUCUUCAUCUGACAGUGGCGCUGACAGCAGAGGGGAGGACUGAGGCAAAGUACUAAGAAACUCAGAAUGUCAGGUGUGUCACAAAAGAAAGCUCAGAGUGCAAAAAGGGAAAUGUGUGCCCAAAUUUCCUCAAGGCAAUUUUGCAGUCUGUUUUUGUGCAAUUGUGUCUUCUGAAAAUGAGACCAUUUUAUUCAUUGUGUUGUGCAAAACACUUCUCAUUAUGCCAGGAAACAGAUGAUACUAAAACUUGAAGGAAUUUGGACAUGUAAAAACAAGCUAUUUUUUCUUCUCCAGUGYGAGAUGUUUCAUGUUAGUUGGCUGUAAAAGUUCCUGGUUUUCUCAUCUUCCUCUUGCUCAAUYUCAAAAUCAGUGUGGGAUUUCCAAAGAACUUGCAACAGAGAAGCCUCUCAUCAUGUUAAUUUAGAGCACAUUGAGAUACUGAGAGGGGAAGAGAACGGAUAAAAGUGAAAUUUCCCUGAGACAAGGUUCGGAGGGCAGGGCGUUCACUGGUGGCACAAGCKGGGAUUAGGGCUGAGCAGCACCAAACCCUGGCGCAUAUAAUCCAUUCAGCUUUCACCUCAUGCUUUAUCAGGGGAGUUAUGGCAAUGCCAAGAGACAGAUGUUAAUUAAUGAGUCCCAGUCUGAGCUGUGACAGUAACUGGUUCUGUUCAAGCUGGUGAUUUAUUUACAUGUUCAUCAGCCACACUCAUAAGUACUGGGGUUUGUUCCUGUUUUUCUUUCAUCCUUACGUCCAACUUUCCACCCCUUCUGUCUAUCCCAGGUGUCCUCUGCRUUAUUUUCUUGUGCUGUAUGCCACUCAUCCCAUUCCCUUUCACUACUUCACUCUCUGUUGUUUAUCUUUUAAUAAAUAAAUUUUCAAUAUUUAUUUAAUAAAUAUUGCUCAGUCCCUCUCCAUGUUCUCUGUCCUACUUUCUGUCUCUCACUCCCUGCCUUCAUCUUUAUCUUUGCUUCUUUAUUCCUCUCAKUUUUUCUUUGUCCUGCACCAUGAUUGUAUUUCUUUGUCCAUCUCACUGUCUUUUCCCUGUACGUUUCUGCAUCUGCUGCUCACUCCUUGUCCCUCAUUGUCCUCUUUAUAGCCCUCUGUUGUGCUGCCCAUCCCUCUCUUUUUCCAUCCCUCUGCUGUACCUUGCCCAUCUUCCCCCCACAUCCACCUGCCGUGGUCAUUCUCUCUCUCUGUCUUUGUUUCCCACUUUGUAUCCCUUUGUCCUUUAKGUGUGUUUACCACUCUGUCCUGCUCACAGCCCCUCUGAUUCUCAUUCUGGCCCAGUGUCCUGCUCCCUUUCCUCUUUCCCUGUUUCCUUGUCUCUUUAUCUGUCCUCCAUGCCUCGCUCAUAUUCCUUUUUGUUCUCUGUUGCUCUGUCCUGCUCCCUGUGCCAUUGUUUCUCAUUGUAUCCUGUCCCGUUCCCUGCCCCUAUUCCUUUUYAAUUCCUGUCUGUCGUGCUGCCCAUCCCAGGUCUAUUUUUUCAUCUGUAUCCUGCACCCUGUUCGUCCUUUUCUUCCUCUGUCCUCUCUGCUCCCCGUCCCUGUUUCUGUCCCUGGUGCUCCCACCCCACUGCUCGAUGGGUCCGAGAGCGCAGAUUGGGAUCACGGUGCUUCRGCCUCACAGGGGGCAAGGAAGGGAUGAGACAGCUCCUGACACUGCCCCGAGCGAGGAGUGGAGCGGAACCUGAGCGGGAGCCACGGCCCCAUCCUGGGCCACGCUGUCCCCGUGCUGUGGGGCGGCCACCMGGCUGUGCCACAGGAGCUGGGGAGGGACUGCAGCCCUUCUGGGGGCUGCCCCCGCCUUUCUUAUUCUGGCAAAGCCCCUUCUUGGGGGGAUGUACACAUGUAAAGGGCUUUGUUAAAGCAACGUGCUGCUGUCCAGGGCAGUUUGACUCAUUUAGUGCCUUCCGUGGGGGUGAGCAAAAAAGGCUGGGGUGGAGGGUGGAGUCUCGGGGGGCUCUGAUGUCAUUUSGGGCACCCCAAUGUUCCUGGGAGAGCCAUCAUGUGGGCUAGGAGCAGGUG